UUAACAGCAUAUAUUUCCCUACAUUUUUCAGUGAGAAGAUACCCUGAAGUUCUUUGCUGGCACCUCAUUGUACUAAGAUCUCCCUAUUUUUCUUUCUCCUCUUAAUUAAGAUGUUUUACUAGCUUAGUAUUCAUAGAGUACAUAAGAGAAGAUGCUACAAUUCUUUAAAGAGGCAAAGAUGCUGAGUAACUCAACACAACCAGUUAAACCAGUAGAGUCCUAUAAAAAUGCUUACAGAUGAUGGAGUGUAGCAAAUAGUAAGGACGAAAGGGUUAUUGCUGUUAAGAAGCAUCCUAUGAUGGAUACAAGCAUCAACAACAUUCUGUGUUCUCUACAAAAGAGUGGAACUUGUAUCAAUACCUUGAUUGCAGCUUUAACGAUAUGUGGACAACAACUUUUUUCUUCUUUCACAUUUAACUGCCCCUGCCAGCCUGGAAACAACUUCUAUUAUGGUUCAGCUUUUCUCAUUAUUCCAGCUCUGAUCCUCCUGAUUGUUGGCUAUGCUCUGCGAAGUCAAACAUGGAUGAUAACCAAGGAAAGCUGUUGUAGCUCUUCUCCUCAUCUGCGCUCUGUGAACUCCCUGCAGCGCAAGCUUGCAUGUCUCACAUUCUUUAGCAUCACAGGGAGGGCUCUGGUGGCUCCACUGACAUGGCUGGCAGUGGCUCUGCUGACAGGUAACCACUAUGAGUGUGCAGCAAGUGAAUUUGCUUCAGUGGAAGAAUAUAAUAUCUUUAACAAUUUCAGUGACUCUGAACGCCAAGAGAUCCUGGCUGAAUUUCCAUGCUUUGAACAGAUUCCUCCUGACAUGCUUACAGUGAGGAAUGAAGUGGCUCUUCAGCUCAGAUAUCAAUCACAGAUGUUGGGCUGGACUUUAAUUGCAGUGGCAACUCUAGUGGCCUUCCUUUCCUGCUGCCUGGCAAGAUGCUGUUCCCCACUUACCUCCCUGCAGCAUUACUAUUGGUCCACACACAUCCGAAAUGAGAAGCAACUAUUUGAACAGGCUGCAGAACAGCACUCCAGAAUCCUUAUUAUGCAACGCAUCAAGGAAUUGUUUGGUUUCACUCCUGGGUGUGAAGAUGUUAGGCAAAUUCGGAUUCCUUCUUGUCAGGACUGGAAGGAUAUUUCAAGACCCAGCCUUGUGUGCAUCACUGACAAUCAGCAAGGUUGCUACAAUUUCCUUGGGGAGAGAUUAGAUGUGAAUUUUGAGGAAGGAAAAUCAGAGGCUAUUGAAUUGACAUCCUGACUAAAGCUUCUUCCAUGAUGUUGGGCUAAUAAAGAAUUGAUUUCUGUCAUGAUGAUGAUAUGAGUAAUUCAACUCUUCAUUGCUUUUCCCUUAUCUGAGGUUAUUCAUAAAAAUCCAUCCCAAGUGAUGCUGUCAAAAUUGAUUUAAAUGAUUAUUAUACCAAAAAUCACUUCUUUCUCCAAAUUUCCUCAUUGAACAUUAUAUCUUCAGCAUCCUA